GUUUGUGGGGGAGAUAAGCCUUACAUCGCUCCAUCGGACCUUGAGCGGAAGCACCAGGAUUUCAGAGAGUCGGCUGUCAGGCAGUUCCGUUCGGUGAAGAAGAUGGGAGGGGAAGAGUUCUGUCGGCGCUACCAGGAACAGCUCGAAGUGGAAAUCGACGAGAUCUAUGCAAACUUUGUGAAGCACAACGAUGGCAAAAACAUCUUUUAUGCUGCUCGUACCCCUGCCACUCUAUUUGCAGUCAUGUUUGCCAUGUAUAUAACCUCAGGACUGACUGGGUUCCUUGGUAUGAACUCCAUAGCUGUCGUGUGUAAUCUCGUGCUGGGGAUGGCUCUUAUAUCGUUUUGUACUUGGGCAUACGUUAAGUACUCUGGGGAAUUCAGAGAAGUUGGAACAGCCAUCGAUCAGAUCGCUGAAGCUAUAUGGGAACAGAGGAAUCCCAGGAAGGUGUUUUCCAAACUCUUUGAAGUCCUUAGACGUCGAACGAUUCGCCGUGCUCUUACGUCAGCGCCGCGACAGCGACUCUCAUCCAACAAUAACAAGAAGAAAAAUUAGCCAGUAUUUUUAACUUACUUUCUCUAUCGAAGGGUUCACACUUACACAUAUAGGACAAUAAGCUGGACCGUCUGGGCCGGUCUGCAUAAAUGCUGUAACCAUACCAGACUGAUGCUGCAUAGAGGGUAUGGAAUUGCACAUCCAUCUUCUAGGAACUGUAAAGUGGUUUGAAUUCAGUGAAGUACUGCUGUGUAGGAGGGCUGUCACUCAUGUUCAUAGCAUGGGACUGAUUUAACCUCAUUCCUGUAGCAGCAAAACUCAUUUCUCUUUCAGUUCAUGCCAGUUUGUGUCAGACUUCAGCAUCCUAAUUUUUUUUUUUCAUUAUUUCAACUCUCAUCUCUUUGUAUGUCUUUUUUUUUAUUAUUAUUUUCCUUGGUUACCUCAUUUUUUUGUUUUCUUUUGCACGUUUCUCAUUCCACAGGUGUUGAAGCCCAUGAGUGAUAAUUUGAUGGAGGAUCAUAUGAGGCAGUCUGUAAAAAACUCUAUCAAAGCAGGCCUGACCGAGCAGGUGUCUCACCAUGCCAGACUAAAGACAGACUGACAGUUCAUCUCCUCUUCAACUCUGCCCUCUCAUCCUAGACAUGCUUGCUGUACCAUGAGAAAUCAGUAAUAAAAAAAAAAAAUUA